AUGGACACCAACAGACCCAUCGCAGACAAGAAGCGCGCCAGACCAAAGGACGACACUACCCGUGCUCGUAAAAAAGUCGCCUCCGAGCUCAUGGCAUUUGAGUUCGAGUCAUUGUCAUUGAGCAGCAGUAACAGCUACGGUGGUUCAACAAACCGGGUGGAUUUCGAUGAUGCGGCAGAUAGCCCAAGCUCGCCCCAGCGGCAUCCCUCUGUUCAGCGCCAGGUUGCUCACAGUCUCCAGGAGAGUCAGGCGCAGCGGGAUCAGGAACUCGUCCACUCUAUCUCUCUUCACAGCCAAAACAUUCAGCAUCAUCAACAGCUUCAUCAGCAACAACAACUUCAUCAGCAACAACAACAAGAACAGCUGCUCCAAUUACAGUCGCAUCCGCAUAGGAGUCGUGCAAUGAGCUCUCCGAUAGCUCCUGGUCGUGCAGUGCAUGGCAAGUCGAUAGGGUCCAGGCCCGUCGAGUCAAAUCAAAGUGCAGCUGGAUCAUCAUCGUCGUCGUCAUCAUCCUCGUCAUCCAGUACCAGCUCUUCUUCUCGCCCCUUAGAUCAACAGACAGGGAGACUGCAACAACACUCCACCAUGCAACUUGGCUCACUCUCACAGUCAUCUUAUUCGCCCCUUUCGCCACCAAUGUCGCCCUCACCAUUACCCCCACCUACUACGAUGGAUAUCUCUAUGGCCAUGGAUGAAGGGACCACUGAGAUUCCAAAGCAGGCGCCUAUUGUCCAACACUCUGUGGCAGUAGGCAGCACCGACAAUUCCUCAUCCCAAAGUAAGGUUUUGAACCUACGACAGCGGAAAUGGAACAGUGUCAGCAAAGAAUGGCAGGAGUGGCACGAUGUCCAGGCGACCCACGCGCCUGACCUGCCCAGUCCUCCAAGUCAGCAACCUCAACCUCAGCCUCAACUUCCUGCUGCAAACGCCAUCACAAGAAUAUCCGCCACUGAAGUUGCCGUCCUGGGCCGUCCCACCAAUGGAGUGGGAGCGGAGUCAGUAACGGACAUGCAGAGAGGCACAUCAUCGCUGCAGCAGAUCAAUUCUGGAUCUUCAUCCAACCACCACCACGACAACAACCAACACCAGGGGAAGGAAGGCAGUUUAGGCCGGCAAAGAUCACUCCACGAGUCAAGAGACAAGCACAAUGGAGGGCAUACACAGGAGGACUCUAGGACCUCUUUUGGAUCUCGAGCACGGUCAUUCAGCGAGACCAACAUCUAUCCUUAUACCCAAUAUCAAGAUUACCAACAACAGCAGCAGCAGCAACAAUUGGGACAAGGACACCAAAACCACCAACAGCAGCAACAAGUUUCACACCAGCAAUUGAUUCAGUUGUCGACACUGUCGUCUCAUUCUCCCUCCCAGCAGUGGAACAACGAUGUUUCGAGGGCUGCUGACCAACUGUAUCCGCAUCCGCGCCACGACCCACACAUUCGACAGUCUGUUCAGGACACUGUGCACUCAGGACAUCCCCCCCGCCAUCACAGCGACCACCUCUACCCGCACCAUGGCGAUGCAUGGGCAGAUCAUGGAGCUAUCGAUAAUGCAUCGUCUCGUCUUGGUCAUUCACCCCGGUUGCGUCAUUCUGUGUCCGGCUCUUCGAGUUCUGCACGUCCACAAUCCCCGUGGAUGGAUCUGACAAUGACGGCGCUGGACGGGAGUGUGAACGCUCCAAGCGAUCGAUUCUCGCGGCAUGCGUCAAAUACGAAUUCGACUACCGGAGGAGGGUCACCUGGGAGCUCGUCACACGGGCAUGGUCAACGACUUGAGGAGAUGUCGUCCUGGAACCAACAUUUGCACAAGAGCCAGAGCGGAUACCGAGAGAGUCUGGGGAUUGCCCGGCAUGGCGGGUAUGGUCGAUCAAGUCCGGUGCAAUAUGGCCAGCAUAACCUUCACCACCAGCACCAUAGUCAGGAGGAUGUGUCGAUGGGAGAAGAAGCUGUCCGACUGAUGCCAUCGAGAUCAUCAUCCCCUUCGCCUUGUCUCUCGAUGGCUCCUACUAUCACGCGACCGCUGAGUAUCUCGUUCUCGCAUCUCACGGGGGCCAACAUGUUGGCAGACCUUGCUGAACACGAAUGUGACGAGGACAUGGAGCUCUGA